GCUCCGUAGUGCGGGGAGCCUGUCGCUGUGGGCGGGCGCGCGACCCGCUGGGGGGUUGGAGUGGGAACGUGCCCGCGCAUGCUGGGAUAGUUUAUUCUUAGCCCCAACCCCACAGCGUGGUGGUUUAUCAAAAUGAGUCUUUUCAACCUGGACCGUUUUCGUUUUGAGAAAAGGGGUAAGAUUGAGGAGGCCCCCGAAGCAACCCCACCACCACCCCAGGCUGGCCCUUCUUCUCCCAUUUCUCUUAGUGCUGAAGAGGAGAAUGCUGAUGGGGAAGUUAGCAGGCCAGGCACUCCAGAUUCAGAUAUAACUGAAAAAACAGAAGAUUCUAGUGUUCCAGAGACUCCAGAAAAUGAAAGAAAAUCAAGUGUGUCAUAUUUCACAAAUCAAAGAGGAAUACAGUAUAUUGAUUUAUCUUCUGACAGUGAAGAUGUUGCCCCAAAUUGCUCCAGUCCAGUUCAAGAGAAGACAUUCAGCAAAGAUACAGUGAUUAUUGUUUCUGAGCCUUCUGAAGAUGAAGAUUCUCAAGGCCAUCCUACCUUCACAGGUAGAAAUGCUAAUUCUGGAUUGGAUGACUUUUCAGAACUAGAAGACAUUAAAGAUGCUAAACUUCAGACUUUGAAGGAACUUUUCCCACAAAGAAGUGACACCGAUUUACUUAAGUUGAUUGAAUCAACAAGCACCAUGGAUGGAGCAAUUGCUGCUGCCUUGCUGAUGUUUGGUGAUGCAGGUGGUGGACCCAGGAAAAGAAAAAUAUCUUCCUCUUCAGAGCCAUAUGAGGAUGAUGAAUUUAACGAUGAUCAAUCUGUGAAAAAGAAAAAAGUGGAUCAGGAAGAAGAAGCAAAUGAGUCUGCAGAAUCUAGCAAUAAUUGGGAAAAGCAGGAAAGUAUUGUACUGAAAUUACAAAAGGAAUUUCCAAAUUUUGACAAACGGGAACUCCGAGAAGUACUUAAGGAACAUGAAUGGAUGUACACUGAAGCUUUAGAAUCUUUAAAAGUGUUUGCAGAAGACCAAGAUAUACACUUUGCUUCACAAAAUGAGGUCCCAAAUGGAAAAGAAGUUUCCUCAAGGAAUCAGAAUUGCCCUAAAAAUGCAACUAAAACAAAACUGAAGCAGAAAUUUUCCAUGAAAGCACAAAAUGGGUUCAACAAGAAACGUAAAAAAAAUGUAUUCAAUCCUAAGAGAGUUACUGAUGACUCUGAAUAUGAUUCAGGUUCUGAUGUUGGUAGUUCUCUUGAUGAGGACUAUAGUAGUGGUGAAGAAGUGAUGGAGGAUGGUUAUAAAGGCAAAAUUCUUCAUUUCCUUCAAGAUGCCUCAAUUGGUGAACUUACUUUGAUUCCUCAGUGUUCUCAGAAAAAGGCUCAGAAGAUAACAGAACUCCGGCCCUUUAAUAGUUGGGAAGCUCUGUUCACAAAGAUGUCCAAAACGAAUGGCUUAUCCGAAGACUUGAUAUGGAACUGUAAAACAUUGAUCCAAGAGAGGGAUGUAGUUAUAAGGCUCAUGAAUAAAUGUGAAGAUAUUUCAAAUAAAUUGACAAAGCAAGUUACCAUGCUCACUGGAAAUGGAGGUGGAUGGAACAUAGAACAACCCUCCAUUCUAAACCAAAGUUUGUCACUCAAGCCGUAUCAGAAGGUUGGUUUGAAUUGGUUGGCGUUGGUACAUAAACAUGGACUUAAUGGCAUUUUGGCUGAUGAAAUGGGUCUAGGAAAAACUAUUCAAGCUAUUGCAUUCCUGGCAUACCUUUAUCAGGAGGGUAACAAAGGUCCACAUUUGAUCGUUGUUCCAGCAUCAACUAUAGAUAACUGGUUAAGGGAAGUUAAUCUUUGGUGCUCCACUUUAAACGUGCUUUGUUACUAUGGCUCUCAAGAAGAACGUAAACAAAUUAGAUACAAUAUUCAUAGUCGAUAUGAAGAGUAUAAUGUAAUUGUGACCACGUAUAACUGUGCAAUCAGCAGUUCCGAUGACCGUAGUCUCUUUCGACGGCUGAAACUCAAUUAUGCAAUUUUUGAUGAGGGCCAUAUGCUGAAAAACAUGGGCUCAAUCCGCUACCAGCACCUUAUGACAAUUAAUGCAAACAACCGUUUGCUGCUCACAGGCACACCUGUACAGAAUAAUUUGUUAGAACUCAUGUCUCUGUUGAAUUUCGUUAUGCCACACAUGUUCAGUAGCAGCACCAGUGAAAUACGAAGAAUGUUUUCUUCUAAGACAAAAUCAGCAGAUGAGCAAAGUAUAUAUGAAAAGGAGAGAAUAGCACACGCAAAACAAAUCAUAAAGCCAUUUAUUCUCAGAAGAGUAAAAGAAGAGGUUCUGAAGCAGCUACCUCCCAAAAAAGAUCAAAUUGAAUUGUGUGCAAUGUCAGAGAAGCAGGAACAGCUCUAUCUGGGUCUUUUCAACAGAUUGAAGAAAUCUAUCAAUAAUCUAGAAAAAAACACAGAAAUGUGCAAUGUCAUGAUGCAACUGAGAAAAAUGGCCAAUCAUCCUUUAUUGCACCGCCAGUAUUUCACAGCAGAAAAACUCAAGGAAAUGUCUCAGCUUAUGCUAAAGGAACCUACGCAUUGUGAGGCUAACCCUGACCUGAUCUUUGAAGAUAUGGAAGUUAUGACAGACUUUGAGCUACAUGUACUUUGUAAACAGUAUCGACACAUUAAUAACUUUCAGCUAGACAUGGAUUUAAUUUUAGAUUCUGGAAAAUUCCGAGUUUUAGGAUGCAUCUUGUCUGAAUUGAAGCAGAAGGGUAAUAGAGUUGUAUUAUUUAGCCAGUUCACCAUGAUGCUGGAUAUCUUAGAGGUUCUCUUAAAACACCACCAGCAUAGGUAUCUCAGAUUAGAUGGCAAGACGCAGAUUUCUGAAAGGAUUCAUCUAAUUGAUGAGUUUAACACCGAUAUGGAUAUCUUUGUAUUUCUACUAUCAACAAAAGCUGGUGGACUAGGAAUAAAUCUGACUUCAGCAAAUGUUGUUAUACUUCAUGAUAUCGAUUGUAAUCCUUACAAUGACAAGCAAGCGGAAGAUAGAUGCCAUAGAGUAGGCCAGACUAAGGAAGUACUAGUUAUAAAAUUAAUAAGCCAAGGAACGAUUGAAGAAUCGAUGUUGAAAAUUAACCAACAAAAAUUAAAGCUAGAACAAGAUAUGACCACAGUAGAUGAAGGUGAUGAAGGAAGUAUGCCAGCAGAUAUAGCCACAUUAUUAAAAACUUCAAUGGGCCUGUAAAAUUGUGAAUUCCUCCUCGAUAAGGAAAUAUCAACUUGGUGCACUCAAGGACAUUUUCAUUCUGAUGACCAUGGGGUUUAUGAACAUAUAUAACUUUUUAUAAUUUCCAUAUUGCAUUUCUCAUAGUAUGGACAACUUUUUUGCCACUAACUGAAUUCUUCAGAUGCUCACACAUGAAAUUUCCAAAAGCCAGGAAUAUAUAGUCCUUAAGAUGUUGAAUAAUCAUUUUACAAAGCAGUUUUCUGAAUGGGGAUUAGUUGGUGAUUGUUUGUAACAAAUAUGCUAAUGCUUUAGAAAUGUCAGUAUUUUUGUAAUUAUUUCUACCUCCAAAUAUAUAUAUAUUGUCUUUCACUGGAUAAUGUGUGUAGAUUUUUACAUGUGCCUUAUUUGACAAUGCUUACAUCUUGAUUUUGCUCGUCUCCCUUGAGGUUCUUUUUGAUUGUUAGUUUAAAUAUUGCGGCGAUGUAGAUUCUGUAGUUUUAAGUUUGAUUGCUAUUUGAAGCAGAUGUUCACCACUGUCAACAAGAACUCACCCUGAAUUUAAAGGUGGCAGUCCAAAUACCAACACCCCAGGUCCUCUCAAGUACUUCUCUGACAACAAAUUUGCUUGGCUAGGCACUAAGUUGUUUUCCAGUGAGUAGUAACUAAAGAGCCCCCUCUCUUGCUCCCUGGAUUAAUUCCUUCUCUUCCUUUUCCAACUGCACUUAUGUGCAUUAGUCUGCCUAUUCUAUCCUGGUGCAUGUUUUCAUUAAUUUCCCUUCCCUGGCUUUUGCUUCUCUUAAAGCUAUUGCCCAGUCACUUCUGUGCCAGGUCUCUCUAAAUAACAGUUUAUCCCUGCCACAUCGCCAUGCACCAGCAAGAUGUUGGUGACACUUUCUAGCUUGGCAGAGCAGAUAAACUAAAGCUAUUUCGUUUCAAAGCAGACUGAAUGAGGCUCCAUAUUGAAGCAGCAUUAGGUACUGCAUGGAAAUAGGUCAUUAACUUUAAACCCUUAUCGAAAUAAAAUUCACCAAUUUCCAGCAUAGAACCUCUUAAAGAGAGAGCCAUUGUUCAAUUCCAAUUCAGUGUGGGUGACACAGUGAAAUUUAGAAGUAAAGUUGUCUGAUACUUAACUCCUUAUUAAGUCUUUCUUUACAUUUUUGCCCGUCAGUCUUAUUGCUGUUUUUAUUAUAUCAGCUUCUUUGUAUAACUUGUGAGUUUCAUGUUUUGUUUUUAUUAUGUAAAUAUCAUUAUAAAUAAACUAUUUAUAAAUCAAAGAUUUGUUAAUUAUUGGAGAUCAUACCUUUCAAGGCAUUCUUUGUUGCUAAGAUGCUAGUUAAUAUAGCCCUCUGGCAUUAGAAAGCAAAAGAAAGUCUUAAAGUGAUUCUUGAGAUAUUUUAGAUUCUGAGAGCUCACACAUUCAACAGGCUUACUCAGUCUUAAAGAUGAGUGAACACGCCAGUUCCUCGCUGUUUGAGGGUCUCCUCUGACAUCUUGUGCUUCAAGCAAUAGUAAGAAGUUGGACUAUUUUGUGCAUUAACGACAUAUGUGGCAGUAACAAAUGCCGAGGUGCUAGGUAAGAGUAACAUUACUGUGUGUGAUAGAUACAGUAAAGUGUCAAUUUAGCCAGGCCAUGAUUCCCAGUGAGCUGGCCGUUUUAUGUAAUGAUGUGAUUUGGCAGUUAUUUAAUGAUGUAGUCAUCUCCCGUUUUCACAAUAAACUAGUUUUCUCCUAGUCAGCUAGUCUUUGGAACCUGGUCUUGUUGGUAGUGAGAAGUGGGUGUGUAUGGACUGUGUUUUAGUGCAAUAGGGCUGGAAGGACUCUGCAGAUGUUACUCUACCUCCUCCUGUAUCACAGCACCCAGAUCACUCAGUCAACGUGUUGGGAAUAGUACUUUUUAAAUUUCAUAAUGGGUUUCUCUUCGCUUUUCUGUUUGAAUGUAUCUUCAAUGAUAGGCUAUUUUACUUUGUUGUUGUAAAAGUCCAUAUUUUUAUCUCUAAUGAUAUGUAGUUGGAUUCUACCUAUAGUGCUCUAAUUAUGUCUUGGGCUUAAUAAAAAUUUUGUGAUCAUAAGUUUU